CACUGGCAUUGCCGAGGAGGAGAAGGAGGAAAACGAUAACGACGAGGACGGCGACGGCGACGACGAGCGACGACGGUGGCGACGAGAACUCGCUGUGGUCAUUUGUAGCGACAUCUGACCUCGUCGUUGCUUCCCCGAGGGUCGUUCCUCGUUUCGAGCGUGUCUUCGUCGUCGUCCUCUUUAUCGAGGAAGAAUGGCCGAUUCCGAGUUCGAAGAAUUUCGGCAUUAUUUCGAGAGGCUACCGCAACAUCUCAAGGCACCCCUUUCGAAUUACACGCUCGUGCACGAUAUCAUACUCGAUGACUCGCCUACGUCAUCGCAAGGAAGCGACGGUGAAGUCGGGAGGUCCUGCGACGGAGUUGCCGGGGACUCCGAAGACGAGGAUGUCGUUGCGAUACAUCGUCAUGAUAAUCAGAGCGGACACACCUCGGCCGACGAUAGCGAGGAUCUCGAUAAUCAUUGCUCCAUCGUAGCUGACAGUGACUUUAGGUUGGUAACAUCCUUGUUCGGUGGACUGAGCAGCAGGGGUCGAUCGGCAGGCGGCCCUGGUCCAGGUGGAGGUGGUGGUACAUCGUCGUCGGGAAAUGGUGGUAGAGACAGCGUUGUCAGCGACGUCGGUGAUUCCUGCUCAAGUUUGAGUUCCUGGCCGACGCCGGAACACGUUCCAGCGAAUAGGCCGGGGAGUGGUAGCGGAGAACGUAGACGUCGAAGAUUGCCGGAAAUUCCUAAAGCUAAGAAAUGUAUACCCAUCGGGCAGAUGUCAAUGCAAACGUCUUCCUCGUUGGCGGACGAAUUGAGUGCUGCAACAGGCUCGACUAAUUCAACAGGUUCAAACUCCGGAAGGCCUCAUCUCGUUCUACGAAAAUGUCAUCCUCGAUUGCGACAUGAGGACAGCUCGCCGGAUAGCGAAAGGAUAGCUACGGAUAGCGGGCAUUCGACCGCCCAUUCGCCUGAUAACGGACCCAAAAGUGUAUCGCCGAUACCGUGCAAUACUUUGCAAAACACGGACUCUGUGUCGCCUAGUAGCACGCCAGGAAGCGGAGGAGUACCGUUCACGCAGUUGGAGUUGCUAGAGGCUACGCAUCGAGGAUUGCACAAAUUCGUACCUAGACAUCACGACGAGAUCGAUCUCGAGAUCGGUGAUCCGAUCUACGUUCAAAAGGAAGCGGACGAUUUGUGGUGCGAAGGCGUCAACUUGCGAACGGGCAGGCAAGGCAUUUUUCCUUCGGCCUACGCAGUGGAUAUGGACUACAGCGACUUUGAUCCUUCGGCACCGAAGGUGAAGAGAGAGAGAUAUCUCUUAGGUUACUUGGGCUCGGUGGAGACCCUGGCACACAAGGGUACUGGCGUUGUUUGUCAGGCUGUUCGCAGGAUCGUCGGUAACUCAUCAGAGGAGUCACCAGUAUCGCAGAGUUGCAUACUCGAAGUGUCCGAUCAAGGGCUUCGAAUGGUGGACAGGAGUAAGCCGCGGAAAAAUCAGGGUCCUUGUCACGAUUACUUUUAUUCCCUGAAGAACGUUUCUUUUUGCGCCUUUCAUCCGCGUGAUCAUCGUUACCUCGGUUUUAUCACGAAGCAUCCGACGUUGCAAAGGUUUGCUUGUCAUGUGUUCAUUGGUCAAGAAUCUACAAGACCCGUCGCCGAAGCCGUCGGGCGAGCCUUUCAUCGAUUCUAUACGAAAUUCAUCGAGACUGCUUUUCCGAUAGAGGACAUUUACAUUGAGUAAUCAAUUAUUUUUGUUUGGCCUGGCCUUGUGGCACCUAUGGAAGCGAAGACAGAAUAAAAGAUCUUGAUGCUGCUCCUCUCUCCCUUGUAAAUAAGUUUCCCGUUUAGCUCUAAAUAAAUAAAUAAAUAAAUAAAUACAUACAUACAUACAUGUAUAUAUAUAUAUAUAUAAAUACAUAUGUAUGUAUGUAUGUAUGUAUGUACACACACACACACGCAAAGAUGAAGAGAAAAGAAGAGAAAACAAUAAUAGGCGCCAAUCAAACAUCCAAUCGUAUACAAAUAUAUAUACAUGAAUACAUAUAUAUGUAUAUAUACGUAUAUAUGAGGGUACACACACACACAUUAUGCAUAAUCCGUAUGUAUCGAGUUAACUACGGGAAGCAUUGCGACGGGACCGACGCCUAUUUGUCCACAAAUUUUCAUUGAAAUUAUAUUUAAUUUUGUUGUUAAUUAUGCGAUUGUAUCAUUUGAAUCGUUGUUGGCAAGGCUGUUAGUUCCGAAUUAAUGUUAACUAAUGCCGCUCGAAGGACGGAUAUUGUUUAGUGAUUUCAAUGUAAAAACGAUAUCGUCAUUGAUCGUUCAAAGAACGAACACCAAACGAAUCCUUAAUCUCGCGUCGAUCUUUUCUUCUUUUUUUUUCAUUGCAAGAAAAUUCGCAGAGAUAUCAUUUUUGAUAAUAUUUCUUUUCUUGCCUUCAUCUUUUCUUUUUUUUUUUUAAAGACAAACGAUAUCUUUUCGUGUUUGUCAAUGAGAAGUCAUCACGAGGAUUAAGGAUUCGCAAGGAAGUCGUGCUUAUCCCGAUGAAAUUAUGUAAACAUUACGAAUUAGCAACGAAAACCACGUAGAACGAUAGAACACGUAAAAAGCCACGUCUUUUUAGAAGUUAGUAGUAUAUUUUUCUAUGUUUCUUUGCGGCAUGCUCUCUGACCUCCUUCCCCUCUGAUUGUAAAAAAAAAAAACACAAAAAAAAAAGAAAGAUUUCUUUGUAAUUCCCGCGGAACGGAC